UACAGCAUUUAUUUUGCUCGCCAUUUAACUUUUUAAAAAGUGUCAUCUCAAAAUGUCGAGCAAUACGUUGUUUACUUCCGGUGGGCGUGUCGCGACCUCACGGCUGUCGGCCGGCAAAGUAAACAACAGCAUUGAGCCAAGAUGGCGCCGCCGUCCGCGCACCGUGUGUCCCUGCUGGUGUCUUUCUCCGUCCUCCUCACCGUCCUGCUGGGCUUCGGACUGCCGACCCUGCUCAACGGCGCCAUGAGGCUGCUGGGGCUGCCGGACACCAGCGUGGCGGAGUGCAUCGUGGUGACUUACUUCCUGUUGGUGCUGUACGCCGCCACGCCGAGACUCCCCAGAGGACUGGUGGAGGCGGAGGGCAAAGCCGUGUUGAUCACAGGCUGUGACAGCGGCUUCGGUCACGCUUUGGCUCUCCGUUUGCACCAACUUGGCUUCACCGUGUUUGCAGGAUGCCUACUUAAGGAUGAAGGAGGGGGCGGGGCUAAGGAGCUGGAGGCCUGUCACUCAGAGCGCAUGAAGGUGAUCCAGCUGGACGUCUGCAGCGACGAGCAGGUGCACCGCGCCGCCCGCUUCAUCCGAGACCACCUGGAGGACGGGCACAGAGGUCUGUGGGCGGUGGUCAACAACGCCGGCGUGUCCACGUUCGGAGAAGUGGAGUUCACCUCCAUGGAGGUCUACAAGCAAGUGUCAGAGGUCAACCUGUGGGGCACCGUCAGGGUCACCAAAGCCGUCCUGCCGCUCAUUCGCAGGGCCAAAGGGCGCGUGGUGAACUUGGCCAGCAUGUACGCUCGCAUGGGAAACGCCACGCUUUCGCCCUGCUGCGUGUCCAAAUACGGCGUGGAAGCGUUUUCCGACUGCCUGCGCUACGAGAUGAAGACCUGGGGAGUCAAAGUAUCCGUGGUGGAGCCGGGGAACUUCAUCGCCGCCACGGGCAUCCUGAGCCGCAACGUGGUGGCCGACACGGCCUCCAAGCUGUGGGCCGAGGCGCCGGCGGGCGUCAAAGAAGACUACGGCAAAGCCCACUUUGAGCAACAGGUGGCGCUCGUGCGAUCGUACUGCGGAAGCGGACAGAAGGACAUGAGUCCCGUUCUAGAGGACAUUGUGGACGCCAUCACGUCCAAACGCCCUUACACCAGAUACAGCCCCAUGGAGCCUCACUGGUGGGUGCGGCUGCAACUGAUGACGCACCUUCCUGCCGCGCUCUCUGACUUGCUCUACUUUUAAAAAAAACAUGUUCUCACUUUGUACGUCAUCAAACAGAGCCAGCUUCAUUCCUCAGCACUUUUCCUGCCAAGCCUUAGUACACUUUAAAUGAUAGCACUUUCUAUUGUUGCACAUGAACCAUCUUCUACGCGGCUUAUCCUCACCAGGGUCGCCGUAUGCUGGAGCCUAUCCCAGCUGUCUGGCCAGCCAAUGGCAGGGCACAUUUCAGACAAAGUAACCUAACAUGCAUGUUUUUGGAAUGGGGGAGGAAAGCGGAUGUACCCGGAGAACCGCCACGCACGCACGGGGACAACAUGCAAACUCCACACAUCGACUUCCUGCAUAUGUGGCCUACAUGCAGCCCGUGAGAGAUUGUAUUUUUACAAAAAUGUAUUCCUUUUCCCUAGAAAUAUAAUUGCAGUACGUGAAAUGAUGUAAAUGAGCCAAAAACUGAUGAUGGACCAAGUUUACAGGUUAAACUAACAAAACGCCUCUAGGGGGCACUCAAGCUGCGUUAAAACACGAAUCAUGUUCUGCAUACUAGACAAAAGUACACUGUUAAUAAAUAUCAUUAGGGAUAUAUAUAUAUAGAUAUAAACUUUUAUAAAUUUGUAUUACGCACUGUUUUGGGCCGUAAUAAACCAA